AAAAAAACCCCUCCCAAGCAAACAACAAAAACCAGCCUUUCCCAAUGGCCUGAUUACUAACGAAUGGUUCUUUCCACGCGCCUUGCCAAGGUACAUCCUUCUGCCACUGCCGCACAUUGGGAUCCCCGAAGGGCUGGGCGUGGAAGGCAUGUAUGAUCCCACCUCCUCUUUCCCGGACCGGGACAAGCCACACAAGCAGCGCCUCCAGCUGUCACUUCUGGUGGGGCUCUGGCCUUUGGCGUGCAGCGCUUCCUUUCCCCCUCUUCUCCGCCCCCUCAGCCGCGCUCUGACCGCAGGCUCUGGCUAUCUCGGUGGACUUGCGGACGGAUCCCCGACCGGGGGGCGCUUUUCUGCGCAGGGGGGAGGGGAAGCGGGCUAACUUCGCCGUCCCACCUGCUCUGCGGCGGAGCGCCCGGGAGAGGAACCUCCUGCGCGAGCGCCUGCCCAGCCCCUGGCCGCGGUGGAGCCGACACUUUGAGUCGGCAGCCUUGGCUGGAGAGCGGGGGCCACAGGGCAGAGCAGAAAGUGAAAGUAACUUGUGCACGCGGAAGUCCCAUGGGAAAAGCAGAACCCCGCGGAGCUAGCGCGUCUCCCCCAAGGAAGAUGCGGCCGGAGGGCUGGUGAGUCGGGAAACGCCCGCUCCUUCGCACAGCAGCGCCUGACGCAGCCUGGCCCGGCGGAUUCUGCACUCCCAGAGCCUCCCCUCGGGCUCUGCACCAGCCUCGCACCAUGCACAAGCCUCUGCCACCACCAUGACCGAGAAGCCACCAGCGCAGCUCUCUCCACCUCCCCCUGCGGACAAUGUUCCAUGGUCAGAUUGGCAGCAACCUUGUGUUUCCUUUGACUUCCUCUGCAGAGUAUGGGUGCCAGUCACUUCCCAGGAUUAUCUGGUUUUUUUUAGGUCUGUCUUUGGGAUUCUGCCACUGUUCAUAGUUCUGUUGCCAGUAAAUUCAUCUACUUGUGUGAUGGAAAAUACAACUGUAAUACGUGAAAAGUACGAGAAUAUCCUAAGCCACGAUAUUGAAUUGCUGGAAAAUAUGUCUGAAGAGUAUCGUGACAGGUGCUGCAGGAAUAAAAGACAUGAAACCCCCAGUGCAUUUUUCUGCAAUGAUACUCAGGAAAUAAGGUCAUUACAGAAUAUGGCAUGUGACAUGCUUAAGUUCUUUUAUAAAAAAAAGAUCAACAAAGAUUUCAGAUGGCAAACUGCUCGGGUUUCAUGUAUGACAUUAGAAAUUCUACGUUGCAGAUGUGAUAGAGAGAGCAAAAAUAGAAAGGUUUGCAUAUUGCUUACACAACCCAGCAAAGACACACUAGGGGCACAAGACCCCAAGAAAAAAUGUUGCCAAGAAUUAUGUGAACUAAAGGAAACUAUAGCUAGUCUUAGAUCCUGUUGGAAUAAGUUUGAAAAAGAAAUUGCUAGGUAAAAACCUUAAAAUGCAAUCCUGUCUGUUUUUUUCAAAGUGCCAUUGCUUUGCACUUUACAUGCAAUCUUCAAGUACUUCUGUCUGCUUACAUAAAUACUUUUUGCCAAAGUCCUGAUGAGAAGAUCCAACACCUUGUUCCUGGGGACAAAGCCACUGGAAACCAACAAAUUCUAAAGUUCAAGAAGUGAAAGCUAACAACACAAUUGGAAGCAAAGACAAACAGAACAGAAUGCUGUAGCCUCACCUUCACACGAUGAAAAACACUUAGACUUUGUAGCUAUCUACAAGUACUGAGUCAUGUUUUUUUCAGUAACUUUAUAUGACUUUAAGGUGAGAAGAAACUUGGGAGGUGCCUACUGUGACAAAUAAUCUUGGAAAAGGCAAAGAAAGCAAAAUGUCAAAUUAAUAUGAUGUUUUAUAUAACUACAUCAUGGAUCAAAACUAACAGUUAUGCUAGGUAAGAAUGGCUCCUGAGCCAGUUCUGCUGAUGCAAUAAUAUUUGAAGUACUGGUAUCUGAUGGGAUCUGCAAGCUGCUUUUGAGGCCAAAAAAUGGAACCAGGUCCAUGCCAGAAAAAGAUAGGGGAAUGAAUUAUUUUUACACAGCCUAGGAAGAGGUAUCAGUUUUCGAGGGAUCUAGCACAGAUGCUGCUGAAGUAGCUAGAGGCGAGACAGAGUAAGACCUGUGGAUGGGGAAAAGGGUAGCUCCUGAACAUGAGCAAGAUCGGCUGACUGGAGAAAAUAUUAGCAUUAUGGAUUUGGUAAUCACAGUUAGCUGCAGGAAUAGUUAGAAUAGCUUACAUUAAUUGUGAUGACUUUAGUGUAUAUAUUUUAUAUAGUGUAUUUAACAUAAAAAAGACAUGACAAGGAAUGUAUGAGUAUUUUCAGAGAAUAAUAUAUUGGCAUUUUACUAAUUAUAUGUUCAUAUUUAAUUUUUGAUGAAUUCAUAAAUAUUUAUUAGUUGCUUAUACCUCACAAUUUCUUACUUAGAUAUUACUACUCCUUUUGUAACAAAAGCCACUUUUAAUAUAUCUAACAAAAUGGUGUCUCUUUUGGUAUCAUUGCUUCUGUUCUAGUUUUUGGUGUAUGAGACUAUCAUAGGCAGAGCUGAUAAUGCCACUGUAGUUAAGGUUAACUGACUGUCACGUGCUCUACUCAGUGUUGUGUGGCACCUCCUUCUGGCAAUUAGCUCUGCCUGGUUCAGCGCCCCUUUUCUUCUCUUCUGCCAUUGCUGCUCAGCUCUCACUGAUUGAGUCAUACCAUGGCUGCUUUGCGACUCAGCCCUCCAGCCAAGCCACACUGCGAUUUCCCCUUCAGAGGAUGUCUUUCCAAGUCUCUGGACAAGCAGCAUCAGGCAGUCCUCAUGCUCGCUACCCUGACUAUGUCAGUCCUGCAGUGACUCAGGCAGUCUCCCCUUCAAUGCCCCAAGCAACACCGCUAUAUAAUGGAUAUUAGGGGAACCCCGGCCCACCCUGUAUGCUGGGUUCCAGCCAAGGGCUUGUAGCAAGCAGUUAAGGUUUGCUGCUACACCAUCCUUACUGCUCUCGCCCCUGGACUACUUCCUACUGUGCUUUUCCAAGCUUUUAAUUCUCCAGCCUUCCUAGUCAGACGCUUUUCUCUUAGGCCUACUAAGUAAAUCCUUUCUCAGAGGGUCCCUAUCCCCGCCACUUUGUUUACCUCAGGGAGAGAGACUACAGGCUUCCUCCGUGCAGCGUCCCACUCCGUUGUCAGCUUCCUGACUUUAUAGAAGCCCCAUCUAUUCCCUUACAGGUGAGUUUCCUUCAAAUUAGUGGCCUCCCCACAGCCUAAAUCUCCCCCAUUUGCAGCUUAACUGGCUGAUUGAGCCCACUUCACCUAAUUCAAUUUCUUCAGGGCUGAUGUAGGGUGCACACCCCAUCACACACUUCCCACUAUAAGAACCUGUUUUCAGUUGCUUAUAACUUUUCCAGGGUGUUCAGGCUAAAGUUUUCAAUGCCAACUGUCUACCUCAGGCUAAUGUUUAUUUAUUGGAAGCUUGAGUUAUUUCAAGGAACAAAUUAGGGAAGCCUAUAUUGUUUUGCCCUUGUUAAAAAAAAAUUCUUGCAACUUUUCCAUUGAGAAACUCUAGCAUUCCAUGCACCAGAGCAAGAAUGUUAGGAAUUGUUAGGAAAGGGAUAGAAAAUAAGACAAAAUAUCGUAAUACCACUAUAUGGCAUAAUGCCACAACUCAUGGUGUGUCCGCACAUUGAAUACUGUGUCCAUUUCUGGUCACUCUAUCCCAUAAAGGAUACAGUGGAAUUGGAAAAGUUUCAGAGAAGGGCAACAAAGACAAUCAAAGGUAUGGAACAGCUUCCAGCUGAGGAGAGACUAAAAAGUGUAGGGCUGUUCACCCAACUAAGAGAAGAUAUGAUAGAGGGCUGUAAAAUCAUGAAUGAUGUAGAGAAAAGUAUCAUUUACUUUUCCACAAUACAAAAACCAUGGGUCACCCAAUUAAAUUAAUAAGCAGCAGGUUUAAUACAAUCUAAGAGGAAGUACUUUUUCACAUAAUGUACAAUUAACCUGUGGAACUCAUUGCCGUGGGAUGUUGUGCUGGCUAACAAUAUAACUGGGUUCAAAAAAGAAACGAAUUUAUGGAAGAUAGGUCCAUCAAUUGCUAUUAGCCAAGAUGGUUAGGGGUGUAACCCUAUGCUCAGGGCAAUCCUAAACCUCCAACUGCCAGAAACUGGAAGGGAAAGACAGGAUGGAUCACUCUGGCUGCCCUGUUCUGUACACUCCCCUUGAAGCUCUGGUAGUCGCUACUCUCAGAGAUAGGCUACUGAGCUGGAUGGGUCAUUGGUCUGACCCAAUAUGACAGCCCUUAUGUUCUUAAGGGCUUGAAAUUUGGCCAGGUGGGUCACCCUGCUGUCACAGUUGUGCCUUUUGCUAUGCUUGUGAAAAUUGGAUCCAAGUGAUCAGCCUAGAAAAAUUGCAGUUUACACAUCCUAAUUAGAGAUUUGGCAGGUAAAUUCUCAGAAGAUUCGAUCUGCACUGAGCACACUCCAGCCCAGGAAUGCCAGGACUGAGCAUAACAUUAAUUCAGCCUUCUUAUGCAUAGGCAUUAUGAUGAUUCUUUAAUUACAUGAUUACACAUUUUUCCAGAGAACCCCUGCCUCAUUCAGUGCACAGGAUAAACAGUGCUCUAGGAACAAAUCGGGGUUGUGUAAUGAAAGAGGCUAUUGUCUGUAGGCCUCCUGUCUCAUUUGUUGCAGAAGUUGGAAGGUAUAUAGUGAAGGAGAAAGGAUAGACUUAUGGUAAUGGAAGUUGAAUGCCACCCUGGAGAACUGGAUUCUAUCCCUGUUGUGGGAAAGCAUACCUUUAAGAGGGUUUGGCAAGAGCUAAUUGGAGCCAGUUGUGUUAUGCAAAGGCUCAUGUGCAAUGCUGGUCAGUUAGAAGUCAGAGACUGAAUGAAGUGGAACACUGUCAGAUUCCUUGGCUCAGAGUGAUUUUCAGUCUGAACACCACACCUGCCUCUGCCAGAGUUCCUGUGUGAUAUUGGACAGAUCAGUAAACCAAAUUUUGUACAGCUGGCCACUAGUUGUGUUUCUUGUUUUAAGGGUCCACCUGGGAUCUGAUUCGCAGAAGUGCUAGGCACUCAUAAUUGCAACUGAAGUCAGUUGAAGCUGUGCUUUGAACAUGUAACGUAUUAUAAAAAUGCUAAAUUCUCUGAAAAAUUAGACCCUGUGUCCCCCAAAUUGGGCAUUAGUUUAUCUCAGUUAUGCAGCUAUAAAAUGGGGAUAUAAUACUAUUACCAAAUCUUACAGAACAGACAUGAAGACAAAUUAAUUAUUGUGUGUGAAGCACUCGGUUGCUAUUGCAAGAGCGCUAUAGAAAUGUCCUGAAGAAGUGAAUAAAACUGUAUUCAGGGCAGCAUUGGGAUAGUGGCAGUAAAAUAAGGUCUGGGGCACACUUUGAAAUAGGCAGAUAAACAAAAAAUAUUGAAGAACUACUCAUUGAUUGAUUAGCAGAGGUCCCAUGGAAAAAAUAGUGUGUAAUCAUGUCAUUAAAAACAAAUAAAAUACAUAUGCAUACAGAAUUAAAGAAGCACAUUCAAGAAUGUCUUAACUUUUGAGUGCUGGCCUUCAGAAUCUUAACCUUCCUUUAAUGUAGGGUUUUGGGGGGUUCAUUAUGUAAUAAAAAUAACUCACCUACAAUCUCACCUUUACAAAUUAUACAGGGCACAAUAUGUGAGUAAGUUGGUACUUCAUAAAACUGCAUGGGUCUGUACUGACUUGCAACUUUGGACUAUUCUAAUUGCUUUAUAAGA